CUCCGGAUCUUCUCCAGUCCUUCCUUUUGGCUGAAUAUUUUUCCUUUUCGUUUCUUCGAUAGGCCUAUUUUGCAUUCCAGUCUCUCCUUUUGCAUGGAAGCCCCCGGUCUUCCUCCGUGUACCACCGGACCGUGACCAGCUCGGCCCGCAAUCAAUCGCUCUCUAUCCGAAUCCAUACAAUCAAUCAAUUAUCGCGACUUUAUCUCCUGCUAAUUAUAUCCGUUCUGACACCUGGCCCACCUUUUGUCUGCGGGGACGCUGACGUUCAAUUGCUGUCGGAAUCGUCUCCUUUUCUCUUUGUAUGCUAGACGCACCAACACAAGUGCCUUUAGCAUCCUGACAGGCCUUCAUGAUGGGCUCAACCGAUAAAACCAAGCGCAUUGUCUCCGCUAUUGCGGCGACAGUGGUUGCUCUUGCGGCCGGAACCAACUAUGCAUACUCAGCAUGGGCGCCCCAGUUCGGAGAACGAAUGAAACUGUCGUCAACCGAAGUCAAUUUUAUCGGUACGGCUGGUAAUCUGGGGAUGUACGCUUCAGGCAUCCCUCUGGGUUUGUUGACUGAUGCUCGUGGGCCACGACUCACGACACUGUUGGGUGCGAUAACACUGGGAGUGGGAUAUUAUCCAGUUUAUUCAGCCUACGAGCAUGGAGAGGGAUCGCUAGGGGCAGUGCUUUUAUCUUUCUUCGUCUUCCUCACGGGCUUUGGAAGUUGCUCUGCCUUUUCGGCCUCCAUCAAGACAGCGGCAUCCAAUUUCCCAGACCACCGCGGGACGGCAACUGCAUUUCCUCUGGCAGCCUUUGGGUUGAGUGCAUUCUUUUGGUCCACCGUGUCGACCAUCGCUUUCAAGGAUGACACUGGCCGAUUCCUCCUGUUGCUGGCGCUGGGGACCUUCGCUUUGACUAUCGUUUCGAUUCCGUUUCUUCGAAUUAUGCCUCCCAGCGAUCCUUACGCGCCACUAUCGUCGUCUGAAUCAAGAGCCGAAUCUAGGCCGUUGCGCCGGACCAAGUCCUCCGAGUUUUCAUAUCACACAGGAGAAUCUGAUGAAGCAGGUACGCAGAGUUCUUCUACUCUUGAACCACAGCACCCUGUGCGUGGCCGGUCGCAAUCCAUCGUAUCCAAUUCCCACUCUCCUGUACACAAUUCCGAUGUUGGUGAGACUUCGUCUUUGGUGUCCAAGUCGAGGUCGUCACAGGAUUCCACGAAUGAGGGUCAUCCCAAACAUAAUACCGACGAGGAUCAUGAUGAUGCUUUGUCUGACAUUGGCAUGGACUUACCCCACCCAGACAUUCGAGGCCUUGCAAUGCUCGCAAAGGUCGAAUUUUGGCAGCUUUUCCUGACCAUGGCGCUUCUUUCUGGUCUUGGAUUGAUGACUAUUAACAACAUUGGCAACAGUACCAAGGCACUCUGGAACCACUACGAUGACAGUGCUUCUGCCAAGUUUAUCCAGCAGCGACAAGUCAUGCACGUAUCCAUCUUGUCAUGCGGAAACUUUCUCGGCCGCCUUUCUAGUGGCAUUGGGUCAGACCUUUUGGUUAAAAAACUGAACAUGUCACGCUUCUGGUGCCUAUUCAUUUCCGCAGUCGUCUUUACGGGAACCCAACUCGCAGGCGCCAGCAUAGACAACCCCAACACAUUGGUUCUCGUCUCUGGCUUCACAGGAGUUGCCUACGGCUUCCUCUUCGGCGUCUUCCCAUCUCUGGUCGCCCAUACAUUCGGUAUCGGCGGCCUUUCUCAAAACUGGGGCGCAAUGACCAUGGCGCCCGUCCUGAGCGGCAACGUCUUCAACAUGCUUUACGGAAGCAUUUACGACAAACACUCUGUUGUCGGUCCAGACGGAGAGCGGGACUGCCCUGACGGACUGGGCUGCUAUCAAGCCGCGUACUAUACCACGUUUUUCUCCGGUCUUGCUGGGAUCGUUGUUUGUCUUUGGAGUAUCACGCGUGAAAAGCGGAUCCACUCUCACAACAAAAGAGUUGAGCAUGAACGCAUUGCUUAGUCGUUUCGUUACUAUACCCCCGGUUAUUGCCAUUCAUUCGCUUUCAUGAUCUGAUACAUACACUCUCUUCCUUUUCCUUUUUUUUCUUGUUUAUCUCACUAUCAUCUACCAUCUAUCUUUCAUUCAUUUCUUUUUUGUUUUUUCUCGUAUAUUUUGUUUGGAUCUCGAAAGACUGCAAGUACAUAUUGUCAGUGAUAAAGGAAAAGUUGAUCGUCAUGAACUGUCUACUGAUUGACUCAAAUCAUAGAUUUCGUUGCUUGCCACGAGUCCAAUGAAUGACCUAAUCGAAAGAAUUAAUAUAACAUAGAUGGCACUUUGCCAGAUUUAAG